CACACACACACACUAUAUUGCCCAAAGUAUUGGAACACCCUUCCAAAUCAUUGGAUUCAGGUGUUCCAAUCACCUUCAUGGCCACAGGUGUAUGCAGACUGCUUCUACAAACAUUUGUGAAAUAAUGGGUCAUUCUCAGGAGCUCAGUGAAUUCAAGCGUAGUACUGUGAUAAGUUGCCACCUGUGCAGUAAGUCAAUCCCUGAAAUUUCCUUGCUACUAAAUAUUCCACAGUCAACUGUUAGUGGUAUUAUAACAAAGUGGAAGCAUCUGGAACAACAGCAACUCAGCCACGAAGUGGUAGGCCACAUAAAAUGACAGAGCAGGUUCCACGCAUGCUGAAGAGCACAGUGCAUAGAAGUUACCAACUGUCUACAGGGUAAAUAGCUAAAAGACCUCCAAACUUGGUGUGGCCUUCAGAUUAGUACAACAGUGCAUAGAGAGCUUCAUGGAAUGGGUUUCCAUGGCCAAGCAGCUGCAUCUAAGCCUUACAUCACAAAGUGCAAUGCAAAGCGUCGGAAACAGUGGUGUAAAGCACGCCACCACUGAGCUCUA